UCCAUUUCAUAUACAAUACGACGAACGUUAUAACGUGUAGCGAAGUUAUCACUACCGAUGGUAGAACAGUCGUGUGCUUUACCUUUAAUCACUUCGAGGGUUGGACCCGUAUCUGGAUAGAAAUUUGAAAGAAGUGACCUUUUUUUUUACCUUUCUCCAUCAUGGAGAAAAUCGGGACUAACGAGGGGCGAAAACCUCGAAGUCCGUGUGCUUGGAUAAUAUUGUGGAUUUUCGUAUGUCUUGGAAUUUCUUUGCUCAUUUUACUUAUUCCAUUUGUUGUCUGGACCAUAAUAUCAUAUCAGGAUGCUAUAGUUUCUUUAGAGUCGCGAGUAGGGACAUUGGAAAAAGAGUGUUCGAAUUCACUUUCUAAAUUGGAUAUGGAACGUUAUAUUGACUCAAAAUUGGAGACUUUACUCCAAGAGCGCGUGUCAAGAUUUCAGCAGGAGGCAUGGCGCCAAGACGACACACGAAGAAUUAAAAAACGCGCCACCGAGUGUCACUGCCCGGCAGGUCCACCUGGUAACAAAGGUGAUGCUGGUCCAAGUGGCCCUAAAGGAGAAAAUGGUUUUCCGGGACCAAUGGGUUUACCAGGAUGGCCAGGCCAACAGGGCAUUCCAGGUGAAAAGGGCCAAAAGGGGACAUCAGCAAAUAUAGAAUAUAUACAAAAUUUAGUUAAUAAUAUAAAAAUACCACCAGGUCCCCCUGGACCUGUAGGCUUACAAGGUCCCCCAGGUAGACAAGGGUCUACAGGUUUACCUGGAUCUCCAGGGAAACAGGGGUUUCCAGGACAAAGAGGUUACUCUGGCUUUCCGGGUCCAAUCGGUCCACCUGGAAAAAGUGGCUUGCCUGGAUCAACUGGUGAGAAAGGAGACAGGGGUGAAAAGGGUGAAAGUGGUGAAAAGGGAGAAAAAGGAGCGGUUGGUUUACCAGGUUUUGAUGGUAUUAGAGGUGAUAAGGGCAUUAAAAGAUCUAUCAAAUUAGAUGGAGAAAGUAGUUUUAGAGAAAUCAUAUCCUUGAAGGGAUCAACAUAUGAAGUGAUAACAAUAAAGGGAGAACCAGGAGAGGGUGGACCUCCAGGACCUAAAGGUGACGUAGGACCAUCUGGUUUACCAGGGUUUGAUGGUGUACCAGGACCACCAGGUGAUCAGGGACCUCCUGGACCAAUAGGACCAGCUGGUCCACCAGGAAAGGAUGGUUUACCAGGCGAGCCAGGUCCGAGAGGAUUCCUAGGGAUCAAAGGGGAGAUGGGCUACCCUGGUCUCCCUGGGCGGAUGGGUGCUAAAGGAAUGAAUGGAGUAACAGGUAGACCGGGGCUCACUAAAUAUAAUGGCAAACCAGGCCUUCGAGGUCUUCCAGGCAUACAAGGAAAGAUAGGCCCUAUAGGAUUAAAAGGUGAUAUUGGUUUGCCAGGAGUUGCUGGACCCAAGGGAGAAUCUGGGGAAAAGGGCAAACGGGGCAAAAGGGGUCGUAGAGGCAACAAAGGUGACCAUGGUCCUGAGGGUCGUGUUGGAUUCCCAGGCCCACAAGGUCCACCAGGUGAAAAAGGCGAUACAGGAGCUAAAGGUAGCAUAGGGCUACCUGGUCAACAGGGUAUUCAAGGUUAUACGGGUAGAAACGGUGUUGAUGGUAGACCAGGAGAACCAGGACCUCCAGGUGAUAGAGGUGAUAAAGGUGAUAUGGGAGAUCAAGGUCCACCAGGUUUAUCAGGAAUGAUUGGACCACCAGGUUUACCAGGUCCUCCAGGUGAACCUGGGUCAUUAGAAGGUGGUAUUGGUGGUGGUAGUGGUGAAGGGUUACCUGGUCCUCCUGGUCCCCCAGGUGUUAUGGGUCCAAUUGGUUUACAAGGACCUCCAGGAACAAAGGGUGACCGAGGCCAUCCAGGACCAAAGGGAGACCAUGGACCUAAAGGAUCAAUGGGAGAUAGAGGAAUGUUUGGAUUGCCUGGAUCAAUUGGUGCCCCUGGCCCCCCAGGACCCGAAGGGCCCCAAGGAGAAAAAGGGAAUGAUGGUGCCCUGGGUCCUAUGGGACCUCCUGGGCCACCAGGUAAAGGUACUGUUGGAAUCAAUGGAACAUGUUCAUGUGAAAAAGGAGACCGUGGAGACAAGGGGUCACUUGGUCAGAGAGGUCGGCGGGGUAAAAGAGGUCCAAAGGGAGGAAAAGGAGAGCAGGGUAGAAGAGGAAGAAGGGGGAAACGUGGGCCAAAAGGGGAAAAAGGAGAUCAGGGCAGUCCAGGAUUAGAUGCACCAUGUCCGAUUGGUCCAGAUGGAUUACCCUUACCAGGGUGUGGGUGGCGGGGUCCAAAUCAGGGUUUACCAGGCUUAGAUGCGCCUUGUCCAGUGGGUGUUGAUGGCUUUCCUAUUAAAGGCUGUGGUGCUCCUUCAAGACCGCACCGGGCAAAAGCACGCGGAGUAAGACACCAUCAUACAAAAAAUUACCCGUAGGGCAGCAGUGGCAGUGAGUGUGAAAUGAGGACAGCAAGAUUAAAUAAGAAGAUGACACAUCAGGAUAUUUUGUCCACUCCUAUUGAUGUAUUGAGUGAUGGGAAGAAAGUUUAAAUCAAAUCAACUGUCUAUGUGGUGUGUGAAAGGGGGAUUAUAAGAUUAUAUGACGAAUGUAUGGUUGUGAAUGUAAAUAUCUGUCUUUAAAAUUCCAAGAAAAUUGCCAUUUUUGUCUCAGUAUCUGUAACCCCAGUAAUGACAGUACUCAUUGACUGUGUAUAAGAGUAAUUUCAUAUGCCAGUAUACAGCUUCAGCACUUUAUAAAUGGUAUCCACAAAUUUAUUUUCUAUGAUAUCUAGAGAAAGGCAUUUUUAUUUUUUUUAUUUUGAGAUUUUCAAAUGAAACUUCAAAUAGUACUGAUCAUAAUUUUUGUUUAGUUUGGUUUGUAUUCGAUUUUGUUUCCAAUACUGUUAAAGGAAUGAAAAACUUUAAUAAUCAGUGCCAAGCAUUAAAAAUAUUACUAAAAUUACAUUUUAAAUCAUCAAUAUUUUCGAUGAUUUAAUAUAGAAUAAGUUGAAAUUACUUGAAUUCCAGUAAAAAAAUUCUUAUUGAAUAUUGAACCUACAGAAAAUGAAAUUAAUAAUUUUGUGUUAAAUUCCUCAAGAAAAUUCAAUAUAAUCAGUAGCGGAUUAUCAGUGAGGUUGAUGAGGCUGCAGCCUCAUGCCCAACGAUUUUGUAAAAAAAAGUUUUUUAGACUUGUCUGAUACGAUUAAAAACGCAUAGACAAUGAAUGUUAGGGGGGUUGGGUUUAGGCCCAACGGGAAUCAACAUAGGCCCUGACCCGAAAUUAAUUAGGCCCACGCCAUUUUAAAUAGGCCCUCCAGCAACUGCCGCCUCAGGCCUUGGUGGAGCUUAAUCCGCCACUGAAUAUAAUAUAUAUACAUGUACAUCAAAUACUUGAUAUAUUGUCCUAUAAAAAACAGUGCAGUUUUCUUGGAAUCGAUGCCAUUACAGAAAUGUUUUCAUGAACAUCAGUUGUCUUCUCAUAUUUUCUGUUUUUGGUUCAUUAUAAUGUAUGUGUUAAUAUUUUAUGUUAUGUAUAUGUUCUAACAGAAGCAUUAAUUGUAGCAUAAUAACAUCCUAACAUAAAUAAUAUUUAUUUUUACCACUUUCAUUUUGUCAUAAUGUCAUACUCAGAAAGGGUAACCUUAUCAUAUAUACAUGUAUUAAUUUUUAUAACAUCUAAAUUUAUAAGUUCUUUCUAUUUGAGAAGAGAUAAAAAAAAUUAAAAAAGAGAUUAUAGCUAUAAGGAUUUAGACCUAUGAUGAAUAAAACUAAUAGUAUUUGGUUCAAAAUGUCUUUGUUUGAAAAGGCACACAUAUAAGUCAAAUUCCAACCUCUCUCCAACUGAUAUAAGAGUAGAAUGUUAAAAUUAUAGAGGUAAAUGGUAGGCUAAUUACAAAUGUCAUCCCUUUGACCUUACAAAACAACCCUGUAUUUUUUGGUGACUCAAAAUAUAAUGGCAAUGCCAAAACAAUCAAAUUUUUGUAUAAAUUAAUUGAAGUGUAUCUUGUACUUUCGUAGCCAAAGUUGUACUAUUUUAUUUAGUACAAGAUAAUACUUGAAUGUGUUAAUUAUAUUUAAUAGCUAUAUUUAAAUUAAAAAUGGCUAUUUUAUAUGAAAAACAUGUGUUAUGCAUUUAUAUGAUAUUACUAUUUUCUUGUGUUACAUACGUAUAGCCAAGAAUUAUAUAUUUAAGGUGUAUAUGUUAAUUGUGUAGAAUUAGACUUAUAUAUUGUAAAUAUCAGUGGUAAACUGCUUUUUAAAAUCUUUAUUCUUUGUACAUCAUUGUAAAUAUAGAAGAAUGAAAUGAAAGCUCUCUGAUCUAGCAUUAAUAAACCACAGCAAUACCUAAUAAUGUAUGCAAAACCAAUCGUAAAAUUUCUAAUUUUAAAAAUAUUAAUAUUUUUUUUUAAAAGUGAUAAAAAUCUUCACCUUCAAUAUGGAUUAUACAUUUUAAUAAGUUCUUACAUGUUUCAUAAUUUGUUUUCUAAUACAACAAAUUGCCUUUUUUCAUACACAAAAUAAAAUAAAAAUUGUCUUUUAUAUGAUAAUUUUUCUACAGGUUUAAAAUUUUUCAUUUUAUCAUGUAUAUAUAUUGAUAUGUAACAAGAUUGUAAUAAGUUAUUAAUAUAUACAUUAAAACUUUUCUAGUUUGUAUCACAUAAAUAAUAAAUGUUGAUCUCAGUUUUUUUCUGAGAUUCUGUUUUGUCCAUUUCCCCAUUUUUUAAAAAAGUUUUAUAGAUUGAUAUACAUCUGCCAAUAAUUUGUCUAAGGGUUCUUGCUUUGUGUAAUUUUUUAAUCAAAUAUUGGGUAAUCCAUUUAUGAAGAGGUGUUUGGUAAAUUCUUAAGUAGAAAUAAUUUUACGAAAUUUGUGUCAUUGCUAAAAUAUAGGAAUUUCACAAUGAAUACACAAAGUACAGGAUUUGUUUAAAGUUGUUUGAUUGGUCACAAGAUUAAAAGUAACCCUUUAUCAUAUCCCCCAUGAAAUGGAAGCGCCACAUGCAUUAGUUUCCCUGUAAAAGGGUUGGGUGUGUACUUGUCAGUAUGAAUUCAGAAAACAAAUUUUACAAAUAUCUGCUCUAUUUAUCCCAUUAUUACAAGAAGUUAAUAAAAAAUAUUAUAUGCAAAAUCAAACCUGCCUUCAUCUAAAUUUCUAGAAUACCAUUGACCAACCAAAUAAUUUUUAGUUUCAAAAAUUGUCCUUGCUGUUGGAGGACAUGACUGGCAUAAAUGGAUGAAACAAGAACCCUUUUGUGCUAUGCUUUCAGAAUAUACUAUAACCCAUUUAAUUAAAUGUGAUUAUUAGAAAUAAGGAUCAUUAUAAAACUAACAUGUUCUCAAUAAAUUGAGAAAUUAACUAUGAAAUGUCAGUGUCAUUUUGUUUCCCUUUGCAAUAUAUUACCUAUGCAAUUUCUUUUACUUGUGCCUUAUUGAUAUAUCAGAAAAAUAUUUCCGAAUUUGUCCUUGAAUUAACUUUUACUGAUAUUAGCUCAAAAAGAGUUUAGAUCUUGAAAAAAAAAUGUGAAAUCAGUUUACAAAAACAAAAGCCAACAACUUUUUAUUGCAUACCAAGUAGAUGUAAAUCCUUCACCAAACACAUGCAGGCCUACAAUUGUAUUUGUGGCAGGCAGAUAUUAAAAUUUAACGAGUGGUCGUUUGCUAAUGCAAACAAUCGUUUGUGAACAAUAAAUGGACCUCUUCUUGAUAUGGUCUCGUAGCAACAUGGACAUUUAAUUUGGCAUUUACAGUACUGAUCAAAUGAUUUAUAGAGAGUAAAUUAGUUCUUUUAUUAACUUUAUUUACACAAGUGUCGGAAUCCGUACAUCGCACCUGCACAUAUUGUGUGACGUAUUGUCUGAUUACACACAAAGCACGAACAUGAUGUCACAUUACUGAUCAUUAUGUCAUCACCCGAGACGUGCUCUUCGGGGAUUUGUUGACGUGCGGUCUUUUCCAUAAUUUUCGUUCAUUUCUAUCCCAUAUUAAAACUCACAAUAGACAGUUCAUCGUGUUUUCUUUCAAAUUGUGAAGCUUUCAAGCGUUGUCACAGCUCUGCAAAAUGUACAUUUUCAAUUAACGAAAUUCGAAUCUCAUUGGUAAAAGUGAAUAAUCUAAAAUGCAAUUAUUAAUUUAUAGAGGAUAUAAAAUGUGUCAGACGCUUUUUCUAUUAUAGACUUAAUCCGGUUGAUUGUGCUCUUUAAUUUAAGAUCUUUAGCCGGUUUGUAUAAUGGCAUGAAUUACUCUGCUUUUAUGCGUGCAAAUUCAGGUACAUUUCCUUUCAAUUUCAAUAUCAAUGCAUGAUCUAUUAAUUUGAAAGUACGUACUCGAAAUGUAUGUUAGUAUAUUGUAAUAUCUAUUGUGUAUAAAUUUCUAUGUAAUAUUUAGUGUUUAAUACCUCAGCCUUGUCUGUGUAUAUUUGUUAGAUAUUAUAUACAGUCUCUUUAAGACUCAUCGCAUUGUUACUGUUAAUACUGGAAUAAACUGACAUUUCGAUAACAAA